AUGGUUGGCUGCAACGGGCUGCCUGAGGAAUGGGUCGAGGCCUUUGGCUACGGACAGCUGGUGGAGGCUGCCGGUGCUGCAGACGCGGUGCUGCAGGCGGCACGGGCCGAAGUGGACGCGCUGGAGGCAAGCUAUGCAGAGGCCUGCCGCAAGUUGACACGGGCCGGCAUGGCGUCGCCGUCGACGGCUCCCGAGACGCCGGUCGAGACGGGCGCUGCCGCGGUGCCGACGUCGUGGGCAGGCCGCUUGGCGGCGGCGACAUCGCAUGCCGAGGCGGAGCGAGUGUACGACGAUACCUAUCCAGAGCUGAUGCUCAACGUCGACGAGGCAAAGGCGGUGGUGGAUGCUGUCCGCACCCGCGGCGCAGUGGUGGGCGUGGCGGGUUUCGUUGACGGUGCCCGGGCCCGGAUUCUCGAGCUGGACAGCGCGUGGCAGCUGCAUCUGUACGCGCUAGUUGGCCGGCUGCGAAGCGUAACUCUCAUCGAGUCACGGUCGCUGGUCAGCGUUGUUCGCUUCCUCCCGCCAAGUAUGCUGGCCGACGCUGCGGGCGCGGACUCGAGUGCCGCCGACGACGUCGCAGACAGCGGCGGCGGUAGGCGCAAUUCGGUCUCAGGGAUGGACGCCAGUGGGACGCCAUGCCGCCUGGAAUUUGACGACGGGAGCGCUUGGCUUCUGCAUGUGGACCUCGCCGACUAUCCGCUGAUGGAAGCCGUGCUGGAGGCCCAGCUGCGCGCGCUGCGGCACGCCAAGUCGGCGUCCGCGCGGCUUUUUGUCAAUGCUACCGCUGAUGCACUCGAGCCGUUUGACCCAAGCCACGGCAUGAGUGUAGCACACCUUGCAGCACUCGACGCCGCUGUAUGCGAUGCAUUUGCCCUUGCAUACGAUGCCGCGCUGGGCGCCGCCGAGCGCGACACCGAGUUUCUGGCCUGUCCCGUGCCCGACGACGUGCUCCAGGCCCAAGACGCGAGAGUGGUGACGCUCUUUGGCCUUGCCCACAAGAGCCCUGCUUUGCCAGCGGUCCGUGCAAGCAGAUCUCGGGCCGCCGUCACCUUUGCGGCGCCGCUCCCGGAGCCGCACCUCGUCCAACACUCGAUCCGCUGGAAGAUGCUUGGUAUGGGCUCGGUCAAUCCGGUCAAAUGGCUCGAGCUAGCUGGGCCAAGCGCACUCGUCGUGCUUGUCGAGCUGGCCAAACAGUUUCCUGCCGAGUCCGUGGCGGUGAUCAGCGGUGGCCGUUUUCCAUGGGCUUGUGUCGCCCUCGCCUUCAUCCGUGGCCUGCUGGUGCUUGCAUCGGCGGACCCCGACGUGCGCCUUCUCUCACUCGCCGAGCUUGGGCAUGCCGAGCCGGGCUCGCGGUUCGACGAUCCGGCCCGGGCGUGUGCGCCACAGCCGGUCUGGUCCAAGCUUGUUUCACCCGAGGUGGAGGCCGACCUUGCUGCCGGUGAGCCCCACGCGCCGCCGCCGUACACUGUUGUCAGCUAUGCCGCCUUUGCACGAGACGGACCUCCGAUCCUGGCGUUCACUGUUGGCUCGCUGCUCACACUCUUUGACGCGCUGUACAAAGAGCGGGCCGAGCGAGCAACAGCCAAGACGAUGGACAUCCUCGUCGAGCGAAUCCUUUGUCAAUUUGACGACUACCUCUCAUCUGAGCGGCCGAGCACCGCCGAUGAGGUUGCCGCUUGGGUGGCGCACCAGGUCGGGGCGUGA